UUUUCAAACUAUUUACAAAGCUGAAAAGCGAAAAGUUUGUAAAGAAAUAUUUAUUCGAAAAUGGCUUAAUUCUUGAUAUAAAUUCAGCAAUUAAAAAUAAUGAAGCUGCUAAAGAUCCAUCUACGGUACCACCCGCCGGGAAUAGUUUUGGAGUAUUCACAAAAAGGUGUCGUGAAAAAAAAGGACAUUGACCUCUUGGAUUUGAACUGCAAUUCAGACAUAAAGGAGAUAGCCAACCGCCUUCACCAUAGAGAAGCGCUUCUGACGGGAGACGUUCGAGAGCAGUUGCAGUGCUGCCUGGAGACGCUGAAGAAGAGGACGGAGCACGAGGGCCCGACGGGGAAGCGCUACUACAUCUACAAGACGCUGCAGACGCAUGUGUUGCCGCUGACCAAUGUCUGCUUCAACAAGAUUGGAAACAAAUGUCUAUCGGGAAGUUACGACAGAACUUGUAAGAUAUGGGACGUGGAGUCCGGCAAGGAGCUGAAGACGUUGACGGGACAUCAAAACGUCGUGUACUCUGUGGGCUUCAAUUUUCCAGCUUGCACCAGAAUAAUAACGGGAUCCUUCGACAAAACGGCCAAGAUCUGGGACCCAGAGUCAGGCUCCUGUCUGACCACGCUGCUCGGCCACACUGGCGAGGUGGUGGCAGCACAGUUCAGCAGCAAGGGAGACUUCGCAGCCACUGGCUCCAUGGACCACCUCGCUAAACUCUUCGACGCUGAGACUGGCACCGAGAUCCACUCGUAUGCGGGACAUACGGCGGAAGUGAUCGCCUUGCAGUUUGAUCCCAACGAAGGUCAUCGGCUCAUUACGGGAUCGUUUGACGGGACCAUAUCCUUGUGGGACACCAGAGUUAAUGAUCGCGUGUCAGUACUCCUCGGGCACGAGGGCGAGAUCUCCAACGUGCAGUUCAACUGGGACAGCUCUCUGGUGGGCUCGGCGUCGCUGGACGGCAGCGCCAAGCUGUGGGACGCGCGCAGCACCGCCUGCCUCGCCACCGUGGCCUCGCACACUGACGAGGUCCUGGACAUUUGCUUCGACUGGGCAGGCCAGCGCGUGGCCACGUCGUCGAGCGACAACUCUGCCCGCAUCUACGACGUGCGCGCUGACUUCAGGGAGCUGGCCAUCAUGAAGGGACACAGGGAAGAGGUGUCCAAGGUGUGCUUCAGUCCAGCGGGCGGGUGCCUCCUCACCGCUUCAGCGGACCGCAGCGCCCGGGUGUGGAACACCACUACUGGCAACUGUAUCCAGGUGCUGUCUGGUCACCAGGGGGAGAUCUUCUCAUGUGCGUUCUCGUACGCGGGAGACGCCAUCAUCACGGCGUCCAAGGACAACACGUGCAGGAUCUGGAGAUGACUCGACUGGUGGUUCUCCGGAACUGACUGAUCAGACUUGCUUAGUGAAAGUGUUACAACUUGCCAACUGUUCAACUUACCAUAAUGUGUAUUAGUUAAUGCCAGUGGCUUGCACUUCAUUGAUGUAAACAUUGCACUAGUAUGCAUACCUACAUAUGCAUCUACGAUUUUCUAAAGUGCUCCUCGGUUUACACAGGAUACCACCAUGGGACCACCCUGGAAGUAUAAUAAUAAUAAUAAUAAAUUAUUAUUUAUUUAGCUGAGUACACAAACAAUUUACCUAAAUAUAAAAAAGGGAAAAAAAACACAAAAACAUAAGACUAGAUAAAACUUAAACAAAAAUUUUUAGAAAGAGACCACACACCUUGAAUGGUGACUUUGCAAAGCUUGGCUCCCUGGUGUGCGGUCUUUUCUAAUUGUUAUUAAUCUAACUUAUAUACUACUAGAUACAAUACUACAUCAGCUAAAAAUGUUGUUGCCUCAGCAUAAUGCUACAGUGUUUGCUGCAGCGCUGGUAUUCUGGCGCAACCUCAGGUGGCGUCACGACUCGAUGGGACAACGGACGGUUGGAUACCGAGAUGAUUAAAAUCAUAAACAUUAAAUAAAAUAUCUAAUAAUACUACAUACAAAUGCAAUUUAUAAAAUAACUAGCGGACGCCCGCGACUUCGUCCGCGUAAAUUUCGAUGUCAACUUUACUACUACCCCUACCCUACCCUACCACUACCCCAACCUAACCCUACCCAACCCCUACAUCUACCCUACCCCUACCCUACUCUACCCUACCCCUACCCCCAACCCUACCCCUACCCUACCCCAAGCCUACCCCUACCCUACCCCUACCUUACCUACACCCUACCCCCAUCCAACCCCUACCCUCCCCGUACCCUAUCCCUUUCCUACCCCUAUCCCACCCGUACCCCUAUCUCACGCCUAUCCUACCCCUACCCUAUCACUUCCCUAUCCUACCCUUACCUCUACCCUACCUCUACCCCUACCCUACCAAUACCCUAAACCCGGCCCUAAACCUACCCUACCCCUACUACACUACCCCUACGCUUCCCUACCCGUACCCUACCCUACCCUGUAAUUUCUCUAUCUUACUCCUACCUUUAGCAAAAUCGGUCCAGUCCUUCGAGAGUGGUGGUAUGACCAAGAGAAAUAGAGAAUUCUAUGGUAAUAAUAUAAAGAGGUAAAGUUCGUGUGGUUGUAGGAGGUAAUCUCUGGAUCUACUGGACCGAUUUGGAAAAUUGUUUUACCAAUAGAAAGCUACGUUAUUUGCGAGUGUCAUAGGCUAUGUUUGAUCCCCAUAUUCACUCGGGAACGGGAACUACGUAAAUGAAAGCGCCGGGCGUCAUAUAGCGGAAUUUCUGCGUCUUUUAGAAAUUUUGUAUUAUCUCCGAAACUAUUUAAGUAAUUAACAUACUGUAAAGGGCAAAUCUUAUCUCCAUAAUAUCCUUGUGAUUAUUAAAUAAUUUAUUUUAAUAAGGAUUAAAGUUUAGUUGUAUAAAUAAUGACGUAAACCUAAGUAUAUAAAAUUAAUAAUUUUUAAAACACGAAAGGUACUAUAUCUGCUAAUAUAUAGAAGAUAGAUAUAUGGCGUCGCGGACUUUUUUGUAGAACUUUUAAAGAUAUAUAAAGUCUCCAUACAUUAAUUUCAAUUUUACACAAUGGUUAAGGCAGCGCAUGCGAAUAAGUCUGUUUCAAAAGGUUUUUAGUCCGACCUGUAUGACAAAAACUGUGAUAACUCGGAUAAUAUAUAUGAUACCAAUAUAAAAUAUAGCCUAUAGCACUCCCCGAUAAUGUAGCAUUCUACUGGUGAAAGAAUUUUUGAAAUCGGACCAGUAGUUCCGAAGAUUACCCCAUUUAAAAAAUGUGACAAACUUACAAACUUACAAACUUUACCUCUUUAUAAUAUUAGUAUAGAAAAAACGAUAACCUAAAAAGAAAUUAAAUUUAAUAAAAUGUAAUCCAUUCAAAUAUGAAAGAAGGAUAUAUACCUAUACAAAUGACGAAAAUUUCGCCGGCCGUACAUAAAACAUACAUACAGCCGAAGAAAGAAUCUCCUUCUUUUGGAAGUCGGUCAAAAAUGCAGUUCCCACCCUGAAGACUCUUUAAUUACAAACCUGUAUUGGAAAUAGUUAUUUUUUACAUUUUGUAAAAUUUUUACUUAAAGUACCUACUCUACUAAAAUAUUGUGCAAGCCACUGGACAGUACGUACGUUUAAGGUAAGGCCAGGUAAGGCCUACUUUUUUACUUUUUUUACGAUUUUAUGGCGGUAAAAUUAAAAAUUGUCCGUACUCGAAUUGUUAUAUUUAUUAGGUGAUUUCUUGAACUUGAUUGUUACUUAAAAUACCUACACAGAAAUACAUUGAAAAUUGUCUCAAUAAAAAUACAAAUUUAGAUUUUUCAGCUUAUUAGUUUCGUUCCCUUGUUUUAUUUUCGACUUACUUACGAGUAAGGUAUAAAUGCGAUCCAAUUUUGUAUAUUCUAAAUAUGUAUGUUUGUAUGACUAUAUGUCUGUCGGCGCAUAUCUCCAAAACAAUAGUCCGAAAUGUUAAAAAAUUAGUAAAGUCUUGGUACUUACCCACUAUUAUAGAUUCUGUGGUAAGGCUAGAUACAGCGUACCGUGGCGUAUAUAUUUAUGGUAGGAACUCCAAUUCAGGUGCCAAGUUAUACAAGAAGUUUUAAUCAAAAUCGGUUUAGUAAUUUUGUCUGGUGGGGAGGCUUCGGCCGUGGCUAGUUCGCCAAGCGAUUUAGCGUUCCGGUACGAUGUCGUGUAGAAACCGAGUGUGGAUUUUCUUCCUCCUCUUAACAAGUUAGCCCGCUUCCAUCUUAGACUGCAUCAUCACUUACCAUCAGGUGAGAUUGUAGUCAAGGGCUAACUUGUAAAGAAUAAAAAAAAACUGUAGAUAGAAUAUAGAUAGAUAAAUAGAAGUAAUUGUAUCAGUCUCUUGGAAAACGUAUUUUAGAAUUUUAGCUUGUAAUUUUAACACAAUUGGAAAAAUAACACAAAUUAAGAAAUAAAAGUUUUUUUUUUA